AGGCGUAUUUUGAGGAGCAUACAAGCAACAAAGGCGCGCUCUCCGAAUCGCUUUGCAAGCGCAGCUCUUCUCCCUCGAAGCCGGUUCCAAUCCUUCAGCGGCGGAAUGGUGGGGGCGGGGGCGGAGGCGGGGGAGCUGUGCUGCAUCUCGCACGCGUUCGAGAGCGCCGCUCGCCGGGACCCCGAUCGCCUAGCCGUCAUCCACGCGGCGGCCUCCGGUGGCGACGGCGAGGAGCGCCGCUUCACCUGCGGCGACCUCCUCGCCGCCGUCGACUUCCUCUCCCGCCGCAUCGCCGCGGCGCUCGGCACUCCCACCGAUCGCGGCCACGACCGCGAGCCCCCAGGAACCCUAGGCUGCCGGGGCGGCGCCGCGGUUCCGAGGGUUGUGGGGGUCUACGCCUCUCCGUCGGUGGAGUACGUCGCCGCUGUCCUCGCUGUGCUCAGGUGCGGCGAGGCUUUCCUGCCACUGGACCCGUCAUGGCCGGAGGAGAGGGUCUCGUCGGCUGUCUCAGCGUCGAAUGCCGCGCUGGUCAUAUCGUCAGGGGGGUCGCGAGAAGCCGUGUCUGAGAGCAGCGCUUGUCCUGUUCUGCACUUGGACGGUGACAUCCAUCAAGGUUUUGGGGAUGGAAAUGGUGAGAAUGGUGGAGAUGAGCUUGCUUGGCCAUGUGAGAGCGAGAGGCCGAGGAAGUUCUGCUACGUGAUGUUCACAUCUGGUUCCACUGGAAAACCCAAGGGUGUUUGUGGCACGGAGAAAGGUAUUCUGAAUCGCUUUUUGUGGAUGCAAAGAAGGAAUCCUUUGUGUUCAGAUGAUGUGUUGUUGUUUAAAACAUCGGUCAGCUUUGUUGACCAUCUACAGGAGUUCCUUUCUGCCGUGUUGACCUGUACAACACUUGUCAUUCCUCCUCCCAGUGAGUGGAGAGCUAAUCCAGCAUCCUUGGCCAACUUGAUUAAGGUGUACUGUAUAUCAAGGAUGACUUUGGUUCCAUCGCUUAUGGAGAUAAUACUACCUAACCUGACAAAAAAUCUUUUUGGUGGCUGUAACCCUCUUAAGAUCAUAAUAUUUAGUGGGGAGCUUCUGUCUGUAUUGUUGUGGAAGAGGGUAUACGAAGUUCUGCCUGAGACUACUAUCAUAAAUCUGUAUGGAACAACAGAGGUUUCUGGUGACUGUACAUUCUUUGAUUGCAAAUAUUUACCUACAAUUCUGGAGCAAGAAGAAUUAAACAGUGUGCCGAUUGGAUUUCCUAUGUCAAAUUGUGAGGUUUCUCUUGUUACUGAGGAUGGAAUAGCAGAUGAAGGUGAAAUACUGGUCAGCGGAGCAUGUUUGUUUACUGGAUAUUUAGCAGAACCCAUGACAAGUAACUGCACUGAAGGCAGUGAAUUAGCAUACUACAAAACGGGUGACUUUGCUCGACGCCUAAAGACUGGUGAACUUAUUUUCCUUGGGAGAAAGGACCGCACUGUAAAAAUUUAUGGGCAGCGUUUCUCACUAGAAGAGGUAGAAUCCACCUUAAGGGAACAUCCUAAUGUCAGUGAUGCUGCAGUUACUUUUCAAGGUAAUGGAUCUCCGGAUUUUAAGGCAUACCUGGUGCUGUCGAGUAAUGAUGAAUUUCCGAAACAUACCCAGCGAUAUAGUGGAUUAUGGUCUUCUCAAGAUAUCAUGGAAUCAAUUCGAAGUUGGGUCAUCAUGAAGCUUCCACCAGCUAUGGUUCCAAGGCUUUUUCUCCCCAUGAAAUCAUUACCUUUGACAUCAUCAGGAAAAAUUGACUAUGUCAAGUUAUCAAAAUCGGAGUGUGCUUUGGAACCUUGUGAAACCGAGUCAGAAAGCAGUCCAGUUAACUCACAUAUUCAAGUUAUCAAAAAGGCAUUUUCUGAUGCCCUACUUGUUGACGAAGUUUCCGAGUAUGAUGAUUUCUUCGCCUUGGGCGGUAACUCAAUUUCUGCUGCUCAUGUGGCCCACAAGUUGGAGAUUGACAUGAGACUAAUUUAUAUCUAUGCCACCCCUUCUAAGCUUUUGCAUGCUUUACUUGCGGAGCACAAUCAUGUAGUUUCUCCUACUCGUGAGUUUCACAGUGGGAAGAGGUUGAAAGUAUCUGCAAGCAUAUCAAGUUCAUUUAAUCCAGUGUCUUCAAAUUUGGAUAAAAACUUUAAUGGCAAAGGGCAGACAAAUGGAGAGUUCGCACACGAUCACAUUGCAGGGAAUCAUGUAAAUGAAACAGUUGGCCAGCUUAACAAAAAUAUGACUUCUAAUGAUAGAUACCGGGCAAAAGACCUCUGCUCAGAUACAUGCUCGAAUGGACUUUUCAGUGGCAGUCCAUGGAUCCUGAAUUUUUGUUUACAAAAAAAGUGGUCUAUUGGCCGUUGCAAUAGAUUUAUGCAUGGUUAUGAAGGGAAGCUACAACUUGAAGAUGUUUGCUCAUAUGUUACAUGCAACAAACAAGGUUACCUCCGGAAACUUUGGAACAUUCCUCUGGAUUCAUGUGUUGAUGCUUCACCUUUGCUUGUUAUGAACAAUGGGAUGAUGAGCAUUUUUAUUGGUUCCCAUUCACAUUCGUUUCUCUGCAUUGAUGGUUGUAGUGGUUCAGUGAGGUGGAGUGUCAAAUUGGAAGGACGUAUUGAGUGUUCUGCCUCUAUAACUGGUGAUUUCUCAGAGGUUGUUGUUGGAUGUUAUAAAGGGAAAAUUUACUUCCUUGAUAUUUCUUCUGGAAAACUAUCCUGGACCUUUCAAACUGAUGGGGAGGUAAAAAUGCAGCCAGUUGUGGACAGGAUGAGGAACUUAAUAUGGUGUGGCUCUUAUGACCAUUAUUUGUAUGCAUUAAAUUACAAAGAUCGUUGCUGCACUUACAAAAUUUCUUGUGGUGGAAGCAUUUAUGGUUCUCCCGCUAUAGAUAUGGCACAGAACAUGAUCUAUGUUGCAUCUACAAGUGGCCUUGUGACUGCAAUAUCAUUUGAGCAGGAACAAUCAUUCAGAAUGGUUUGGCAAUACGAAGCUGGUGCACCAAUUUUUGGUUCUCUCGCCAUAGAUCAUCAAAGUGGAAAAGUUAUUUGUUGCUUGGUGAGCGGCCUGGUUAUCGCAUUAAACUCAAAAGGCACUGUUGUUUGGAAGGCAACUGUCGGUGGUCCUAUGUUUGCUGGUGCAUGUUUGUCAUCCACCCUCCCUUCUCAGGUGCUGAUACCUUCCCGAGAUGGCAGUCUAUACUCUUUCAAUAUUGCUUCUGGUGCUCUUCUUUGGGCAUACAAUGUUGGGGAUCCAAUUACUGCAUCUGCUUUUGUUGAUGAAAUGUUAACAUCAGAGUCAUUUGGAUCAUCUGAGAGAUUUGCUUGUAUCUGCACAAGUUCUGGGAACGUCCAUGUCAUUGGGAUUAGAGCUGACGCUAAAAAGGAGAAAGCUGGUGAAGGUGUUAAAUAUGAGGAGUUGGUCCAUGGAUUGACAUCCAUUGAUCUUCCAGGCGACAUAUUUUCAUCACCCUUGAUGGUUGGUGGACGCAUCUUUGUUGGAUGCAGAGAUGAUCGGUUACACUGUCUCACGGUCACCACAUAGCUUCAAGUGAUUUUACUGGAGUGAGGUGAUAUAAUCUGUCAUGCGUUGCUAUGCCCUUCUGCCCAACAUCAUAUCUUCUGCAAUAAGGGCCUUUCUUCUGGUAAGGCGCACGUAUGCACAGCACAGGACGUGCUGGUCUGACCAAAACCAUGGCACACAAUCAAACUGUUCCGCUUAGUGGCGAAGUGCAAAGUACUGGUGGUUUUCUGAGUGGUUUGAUCUUUCAAGAAUCAACAAGGAAUGACUACAGAAGCUACUGAUGCUUAGAUCUCUGAAGGUUCGUUUCCGUGACUGCAAAUGAAGCUUACUGCACUGUGUUCGCGAUGCCUGAAGAUCUAGGGUGAAGUGAUUGUUGAGACGUGCUGCUGUUGUUCCAUUUGUUUGGCCUACUUCCUCAAUGGUGACUGAACUGAAAGUUGACUGCUUUACCAGCAGGCGAAGAAUGUAGACGGGAUGUCCAGCGAACGGCAGAGAGGCUGUAAUAUUGCUCCAGAUAGACACAUGCACACAACGUUGUCGUUGCAGUUUCGUGCUACUUGGUUAAUGGGCUAAGCAGGAGCUAGAACGUUCAGUGAGGUUAUACUUUGUAUAUGAUUUUCCUCCAAAAAAAAUUAUGUUACGAUAAUUUCGUUAAAACAAAGUCCAUGGGUCAA